AAACUGUGUUGACUGGUUCAUCACGCACGUUUAUAGGUUAGGGUUAUUAGUUCGGUGUCUUCUGCUUGAUUCGCAAUGGAUUAAAAUAUUGUCCACUAAAAAGUAUAAAUAUAGAACAUAACUAUAACAAUGGCUAUUAAUAAAUUGUGCGCAGCAUUUUGGCAAAUAACAAUUAAUAGACAAUGUAAUAUCAUCACGAGGUACUAUUCUUCUCAUUUCUUAAAGGAUCAAAAAAAGAGUGUUACUUCUUAUUCAUCUGAGAAUGCAACAAAUCUGGCUUACUCCAAUGUAAAUAUUAAAUUUGCACCCAGAACACUCAAUAUAGAUUUUGGGAAUCUGGACAAUAUUACCAGAAGGAAUAUCAUUGAAAUACCAUUGAAAAAUGUACCAUCAAUGGAAGAACCUUUAAUUCGACAUCCAAUUAAACAUGACUUACCCCUUGUAGAUAAAACUUUAGACCUCCCUUCAAUAGAAAAUGUAUCAGAGAAACAAGCUGUACGUCUGAUAGUAAUUAGAAGACAGAAAAUGAAGAAACAUAAGAAGAAGAAGUUUCGUAGGAAGAUGAAAUUUAAACUGGAAACAAUCAGAAACAGACGCAAUGUAGCAAAAGAAAAAGCAUUUCAGGCAGAACUGCUUGUGCAGAUUAAAAAGGCAACCGCAUUUGAUGCAAAGAAAUAUGUUCAAGAGAGACUUGAUAUUCUAUCUAAAGAACGUAUACCAAGAACUUACAGAGGUGAAAUACUAUCAAAAGAAAUGAUUAAGAAAUUCCUAGAAGAAGACGCGGAAAGAAGGCGGAAAAGAUGUAAUAAAUUUCGCUUAACACUUGAUUAAGUGCAUGUACUAAAAAAUAAAUAUUCAUUGUUCAUUGAGUAUGUAGUGUAAUCAUUUUAAUUUCUAUUGAUAUGCAAUUUGAGAUUUAUAUAAACUAAUAAUAAAUACGUACAAGCAAAUUAC